UUAAAUAAUUUUAAACAAUAGAAUUAAAUCAAAUAAAAACCUGAAUCUAAACCAAAAAAUAAAAUAUGUCCAUGAGUAAUGACAGAUGUGAUACACCCUCCAAGAUCUUGAAACAACUAAAAAUAAAGUUAUUAAUUUAUUUAAGGAAAAACAUGAAUUUUUGUCAACACCGCUUCGGCUUUACCAAGUUGAACAAACUUCUUGAAGGACCAUCAGUGCAGAUGGGUCAGGAACUUUUUAGAUCAGAAUGUACUUACAAAAAACUACAAUUAAAUAAAAGUAAUUACGGACCGGGAAUAAUAAUUCAACACUAA